UAAAAAUAGAUCCAUUUUAUCCAGACUUUUUCGUCCCUGCUCAAACACUGGGUUUAUGGAAGAAACUGAUACAUAUUUAGUUGCUUACUGUUCUGAUUUGCUUUGUGGCACAAGGGGUCAAAGAGUUAAAAAAGCCCUGAUGUUUGAAAACCAAGAAUAGUCUGUUUUUUUCCCCGUCUGUCCUACAUAUAUCAACAAAUGCAAUCAGUUUGACCAACAAAUACAGUUGCUUGCUCCCUCCCUGUGUUUCAGCCUCUAACUGGACUGAAAAUGUAAAGCCAAGGUGUUAAUUUGCAGUGAGGGGGCACAGGGAUCAGGGGUCAUCACAAAAGAAUUUACCAAAGCCUUGUUUGUUAGCCAGCUGGACCUCAGACUGUAAGCUCUGGACACACUCAGUGAAAUAAAAAAGUCAGCGGUAGAUAACUGAAGUCUAAACUGGCAGUCGCAUAUAAUCUGCCUUUAAUUCAUGUUACCAAGCUGUGACUGACAUUCUGCUUGAAGAUGCAUUUCUUCUCUGCGGCGGUCUUCCUGCUGAUUGUAGUACUGGGUUUACCCGUUGAAGCAGGCAAAUGUCCCAGACUGUGCAGCUGUGACAGCGCCAAACUCGUGGUCACCUGCGUUGGCAAGAACUUAACGGAGAUUCCCCCGACUAUAGAUGAGAUUACAGUGAAACUGGACCUGAGGAAUAACAACCUGCAGGUGCUGUCCAGGGGGGCGUUCAUCCUCACGCCCUACCUCACCCACCUCAACCUGCAGCGCUGCAACAUUAUCAAGGUGAAGGAGGGCGCUUUCCGCACCCUGGGCCGCGUGGUCUCCCUGAACCUGGCCUACAACAAAAUUGACGUCCUUUACCAGGAGUCCUUUGACGGCCUCUCCUCCUUAAAAGAGCUGCAUCUGGACCAUAACCGUGUGGAGGAGAUCCAGCCUGGAGCCUUCACACAGCUCGGUUUCCUCAAUAUGCUGGCCCUCACCCACAACCAGCUGGUUUACAUCCCCAACAUGGCCUUCCAGGGCCUGAACAACAUCAAGUGGCUUCGUCUUAGCCAUAACUCCCUGAACAACUUGGCCCCUGAGGCGUUCACUGGACUGUUCACCCUCACCCGUGUCAGCCUGGACCACAAUGAGCUGCAGUUCUUCCCCACUCAGACCAUGAACAGACUACGUGAGGUCACGCGACUGGACAUGAGCCACAACCCCAUGACCUACCUCGGGGAAGAAUCCGUCUCCAUGGCGAAGCUUACACACCUCUACCUCGACCACAUGUCCCUUCAGGACCUGUCAGAUCAGGCUUUGUCCCGCGCCCCCCUCCUGUCCCACUUGGACCUCAGCCACAAUCAGCUUCGUUACCUGGAGCCCCUCUCAGGCCCCAAGGAGCUGGGCAACCUCAACCUAACUGGCAACCCAGUCUACUGUAACUGCUACAUGCGGCCCCUAAGAGAGUGGGCGAGUGUCAGAGGCGUAAAGCUGCUGGGAGCCUGUGCUGGACCGCCUCACCUCUCAGAUGAGCCGCUGCAGGCUGUGGCUCCUCUGGAUCUGCGCUGCCGCAGCAGGGGGGAGGCUCUGAAGGGCGAGUUGGAGAAGGAUAAUGAGAGCACAGGAAGCGCCCCACCCACUGCCAAGCCCAAGCAGAAAGUCAAGUGUCCAGUUAACUGUGACUGUGAUAUUGAAGCCCAGCAUGCCACAUGUGAGGGACGGGGUCAUACCAAAGUCCCGCGAGGCUUCCCCACCAAGACACAGCUGCUUGACCUCCGCAGCAACCACUUCCACUACCUACCUGCCAACAGUUUCCCGGGCACCAGCCAAGUUGUUUCUCUUCACCUGGAGUUCUGCAAAAUCCACGAAAUCGAAGGUGGUGCCUUUCGGGGAAUGAAAAACCUGCUUUAUUUGUAUCUUUCUGACAAUGACCUCACAUCUUUGGACCCCGGAACCUUUGCUGGAGCCCCUGAGCUCACCUAUCUUCACCUGGAGGGGAACCAGCUGGCACAGUUCCCUGGAUCAGCGCUGGCACUCUUACCAAGUCUGUUUGUGUUACACCUGGAGCGAAAUGUCAUCUCCAAACUAGAGCCCGCUGGUUUGCUGUCCUCAGUAACCCCUAAACUUAGGGAACUUUACUUGACCAAUAACACCAUAACUUCUAUUGCCAAGGGUGCUCUGGAGUCUGCUUUCCUAGGUACACUUCACCUGGAUUCAAAUCAGCUGACGGAGAUGCCUACCCACGCUCUGUUCGAGGCUCCUAACCUGGAGGAGCUCAGCCUGUCUCAGAAUUCAAUUCGCUGGGUGGGACCAAACGCAUUCCAGCCCGUAUCCCAGAGUCUGAAGAGGCUUUACAUGGAUCAUAUGGCCAUUGAGAAGAUGUCCAGGGACGCUCUGAGAGGGCUGGGCCCAGGGCUGAGGGCUCUGACUGUGAGAGGAAACCAGCUGGAGGAGCUUCCUGACCUGAGCCCACUCACCAGCCUAGAGGUGGUCGACCUGCAGGACAACCCCCUGCUGUGUGACUGCCCUCUGCUGCCACUACGCAGGUGGAUGGAGAAUGUAAGUUUGGACGUGAUUGCCACCUGUGGUCACCCUCCUGAGAUCAGAGGUCAGAAGGUCAGGGACGUCCAUGUCUUCACGUCCUGCCUAGAAAGCGGCUCUCCUCCAGACGAGAAGGUUGUUGUGGCCCCCAAACCUCCAACAGUGAAGAAAUCCAAACCCAUCCUCUCAAAGGCCCCUGGAGUCAAAGCUAGGCCUUCCAAUCCCAAAGCUAAACAACCCAAACCAACCAAGAACCGGCCUCAGAGGAAACCUGUUGCACCAAAAGUGACAAAGAACAAGAAGAUACUGUAAUAAGUGACUAUAACAGUCAGUCUGGGCAUCAUAUUAAUAGGUUUGUUAUUGCAGUCUGACAGCUGAGUGUGAAGAUCCUCUUUUUUUUUUUUUUAAAUAAAACGCCUAAGAUUACAACUGUUACUGUAUGGAAUUUACAUGCACUCUUUGCUAUUGCAUAAUAAACAGCAAAGCAAAAAGCAAUUCCAAUUCUGUACAUACUUACAGAGAGAGAGAGCAUAACCAAGGCCAUCUAAUUAAAAAAUACAAUGAAUAAUGGAUUGUAAAUAAAUAAAUAUUUACUAAUAUGCAUACUGAUAUACACAGGUGAAUGCGCUGAAAUAAAAUCAUCAUACACUGCCAGCCACAAUUAUAUGCUUUCUGUUGAUAAUUGACAAGUGCAUUUAGAUGCUUGUGUUCAUUGUGUUCUGCCUGUACUGCCCUUCUGCUAAAAUCUGACUGUUUGACCUAGAUACUUUAUAAAACCAAUAUCACCAACUUAA